UGGAGGUAGCAUCGAACCGCGACAUCCGAAACUACCCCAUAGACUAGUUCGAUAUAGAACAUUUGACGUGUGGAGUGCAGUGUAUGUUAAUAUCUGUGCACCUGUUCAUUUUUUAAUGAUAAAUACUGCUUUUAUUUUAUUAACUUAAAAUGUGAGGGGCGAGCGUGAUGCGUCGGCACUUGUGAUGUGCACUCUAAUAUGCAGUGGGACGGCCUCUACUUCGUCUGUCUAGCGUUAUGCUGCCUACACACUGCAUCUGAACCGCUACGAUUCCCAGAAGAUUACCGAGCAAAUGGCGCCAGAAGACGUCGGAGCGAUGAGAAAGAUAGCCUGGCACUAUCCAGGGAGAUAUUUAGAAACAUUAGUAAGCAAUUACGAGAGAACAUCAAACGAGAGGGAGCGACGGACCGAAAUGACAAUUUGUUACAAGGAAAGGUAGAAGAGUCUCGACACUAUGUACCAUACCAAACUUAUCAUGAUCACCAUCAUGAACACCAUUGGGGGCCAUAUUUUGAAGAUGAGAAGUACUCGCAAGUUGCAGCCCAUGUCGGCUCUGAAGCGUUGCUGAACUGUAGAGUCGUUAUGCUAAAAGACAAAACUGUAACGUGGAUGCGGAAUUCAACAGAUUCAGCGCAGCUACUGACAGUUGGUCCAUCGCCGUAUACUGGCGAUAAUCGAAUAGCUGUCAAGUUUCAAUAUCCAAACAACUGGAGGCUCAGUAUGAAUCCAGUUAAGCAUUCUGAUGCUGGGAAAUACAUGUGCCAAAUAGCAACCCAUCCUCCCAGGACAAUAUUUGUAAAUUUAACUGUAUUACCUCCUGUAUUGACCAUUAAUAAUGAUCAGUCUCAUGAGGUGAAAGAUAGAUUUUACAAAGCUGGAAGUUCAAUAAAACUAACUUGUAUCAUAUCAGAAGAUUACGUUACGUCUUUACCAACUAAAGCACCUACUACAACACAAGCUCCUAGCACUACCCCUACAACCACUACUACAGAAUUAACAACAAAAUUGAGUACAGUUUUUAAUAGAAUAGAUCUAGUAAUGAAUAAAAGUUGGAGCGUCGAAACAACGACAGUUACUUCAACAGUUAGUAUAAGUACUACUACAACUAAAGCACCAGAGAUAACCACUGCUGUAGUCAUGACUGUGAAACCCACAACUCCGCCAGUUGAGAAUAAUAUUUAUGGUAUAUAUUGGAAAAAACAAGGAAAAAACUUCUCCGAUAAUGUUACAUGGCGCAAUAUGAGUGCUACAAUAAGUGUGGCGUCUGCUUCACAAAAUGAUAGUGGAACAUACAUAUGUCUUUUACAAAACCACUCACAAGUAAUAGUCAACGUACAUGUUCUGAUCGGUGAGAACCAAGCUGCCGUUCAUCAUGACACGUGGAACAAAGGAACACUAUUCUGGCAACCAAUAAACUUAUCUAUAGUUUCUCUUAUGGCUUUGCUUUUAUAUUUUACUUGAAAUAUACUUUUUUUCUAGAUGGGCUGUAUCAAAAUUGUUUUUUAUUUAUGAACAUGCAUCUCUUCUAUGCAGAAUUAAACGUUCAAUAUUGUAAAUACAUAUUGAAUGCCUAUUAACACUGAAAUUGCCCUUUUUGGAGCUUAGAUACUUUAGAAGAAUUUACAUUCUGUAGUUUUAAAUACAAUAUAAGAAAGUCCACUUCAUAAUUUCGCGAAAGAAUUAAGAAACACAAUUUUAUAAUUUAGAAUUAGAAAAAAAGGUUGACUAUUUCAAACAUUAUUUUAAUAUAACAUUAAAGUUGUACGUUUGACUUAGCAAAGAAAUUCAGUCAUCUAUAUUUUAUGUACAUCUAGAAACGAAUAAAGGCUUACCCAAAGUUAAUUGAUAUCAGACAGUAGACUGAAA